CAUUGACAAUUAAGAAACAACCAAACUCCAUUCAUCAAAUCCAUCGUUGCUAUAAUCGCCGCCUACACCACUAAGCAGAACCCCAGUAUCCCACUGCAUAAAGUAUCAAAUUCUCUUUUUAACAAUCAAUGGCUGCUGCUUCUUCUUCCUCACUUCUUCACCAAACUUCAAUCUUCUCUUCAAUACCCACUAACUCAAACACUUCCCAAUCUCACCAAACUCACAAUCCAAACCCAUUUCUUCAAAUUCCCAGAAAACCCAAUUCCCAAAAAUCCCUCCCUUUUCUUCGUUGCACUUCUUGUGGAACUACAAUGAGUUCCUCUGAAAAUGACCUUAAAAACCCAGAAAAAGAGGUCAAAUUGUGGGGUGGUAGAUUCGAAGAGAGUGUCACUGAAGCUGUUGAGAAGUUUACUGAAUCAAUUUCCUUCGACAAAGCUCUUUACAAGCAUGAUAUUAUGGGUAGUCGUGCUCAUGCUACCAUGCUUGCUCAUCAGGGGUUAAUUAGUGUCGAAGAUAGAGAUAGUAUACUCCAAGGGCUUGAUGAGAUAAAGAGGCGUAUAGAGGCGGGUGAAUUUGUAUGGAGGAGUGAUAGGGAAGAUGUUCACAUGAACAUUGAAGCGGCUCUUACUGAUCUUAUUGGGGAACCUGCGAAGAAGCUUCACACUGCACGAAGCCGGAAUGAUCAAGUUUCAACUGACUUUCGUUUGUGGUGUCGAGAUGCUAUUGAUGAGAUCAUCAAGAAGAUUAAAAAGCUUCAGGUUUCACUUGUUACCUUGGCCUUUAAGAAUGAAGGCUUGAUUGUUCCUGGCUACACACACUUGCAGAGGGCACAACCUGUAUUAUUGGAACAUCUUCUUUUAACUUAUGUUGAACAGCUUGAACGUGAUGCUGGUCGACUGACAGAUUGCAGAACUAGGUUGAAUUUCUGUCCUCUGGGUGCGUGUGCAUUGGCUGGCACUGGCCUACCAAUUGAUAGGUUUAUGACUUCUGAUGCUUUAGGAUUCACUGCUCCCUUGAGAAACAGCAUUGAUGCAGUUUCAGAUAGGGACUUUGUGUUGGAGUUCCUUUCAGCUAAUUCUAUCACAGCCAUUCAUCUUUCCCGGCUUGGUGAAGAGUGGGUGUUAUGGGCCUCCGAGGAGUUUGGAUUUUUGACUCCUAACGAUUCAGUUUCUACUGGAAGUAGUAUAAUGCCUCAGAAGAAAAACCCAGAUCCCAUGGAACUUGUUCGUGGAAAAUCUGCACGAGUUGUAGGUGAUCUGGUAACUCUUCUUGUACUGUGCAAGGGACUUCCCCAUUCUUAUAACCGUGAUCUACAGGAAGAUAAGGAGCCUGUCUUCGACAGUGUGAAGACAAUUGUAGGAAUGUUGGAAGUAAGUUCCGAGUUUGCACAAAAUGUUACCUUCAACAGAAACAAAAUUGAGAAAUCUCUGCCCGCUGGCCAUCUUGAUGCCACAACAGUUGCAGAUUAUCUUGUAAAGAAGGGAGUACCCUUCAGAACUGGUCAUGAUAUUGUGGGAAGAUCCGUCGCAUUGUGUGUCUCUAAGGGUUGCCAGCUUCAAGACCUAACCCUUGACGAGUUUAAGAGUAUUAGCCCUGCAUUUAGUGAGGACGUGUAUGACUACCUUGGCGUGGAGAAUUCUGUCAAGAAAUUCUGUUCAUAUGGUUCAACAGGGUCAGAAUGUGUAUCAAGUCAGCUUGAUUUUUGGGCCGCACAGCUUGAGAUAGACAGGAGUGCAUACAACAACCAGUGAUUGCUCUAGCAUUGUCCAGAAAUUUAAAUUUUCUCCUUUAUUUUUGUCUGGGAUGCUUCACUUGCCCUUUCUAAUUUUCAAAAAUGUAUCUUUAUUAUUUUAAACUAGAAAGUACCUUGCUAAUGCACAAGAUAUCUGCAAAGUAAAAUAAUGAUGAAAGCUAUUGUAGGUUGAAAAUUUAAUUUUUAUAUCAAGGGAGAGUUUUUAGCUAAGGAAAAAAAAGAGUUUUGAAAUAAA